AGAGAUCAAGGGUGAGAAGAAAUGUCAAACGUGAGCCUUGUGACGAUGUUCAUCCUCAGGGGCCUUCCCCAUGCCCCAGCGCUGGACACCCCCCUCUUUGGAAUCUUCCUGGUGAUUUAUGUGCUCACCGUGCUGGGGAACCUCCUCAUCCUGCUGGUGAUCAGGCUGGAUUCUCACCUCCACACCCCCAUGUACUACUUCCUCACCAACCUGUCCUUCAUUGACAUGUGGUUCUCCACUGUCACGGUGCCCAAAAUGCUCAUGACCUUGGUGUCCCCGGGUGGCGGAGCUAUCUCCUUCCACAGCUGCAUGGCCCAGCUCUAUUGCUUCCACCUCCUGGGGAGCACAGAGUGUUUCCUCUACACGGUCAUGUCCUAUGAUCGCUACCUGGCCAUCACUUACCCACUCAGGUAUGCCAGCAUGAUGAGUGGGAGAACCUGUGCCCUCCUGGCCACCAGCACUUGGCUCAGUGGCUGUCUGCACUCUGCUGUCCAGACCAUACUGACAUUCCGUUUGCCCUUCUGUGGGCCCAGCCAGAUCCAGCACUACUUCUGUGAUGCCCCACCCAUCCUCAAACUGGCCUGUGCGGACACCUCGGCCAACGAGAUGGUCAUCUUUGUCAAUAUUGGGGUGGUGGCCUCGGGCUGCUUUCUCCUGAUAGCACUGUCCUACGUGUCCAUCGUCUGCUCCAUCCUGAGGAUCCGCACCUCAGAGGGGAGACACAGAGCCUUUCAGACGUGUGCCUCCCACUGUACCGUGGUCCUUUGUUUCUUUGUUCCCUGUGUUUUCAUUUAUCUGAGGCCAGGCUCCAGGGAAGCUGUGGAUGGUGUUGUGGCAGUUUUCUACACUGUGCUGACACCCCUUCUCAACCCUGUUGUGUACACCCUGAGGAACAAAGACGUGAAAAACGCUCUGUUGAAACUUAACGACAAGUGGAACAUUUUCAGAGAGAUUAAACACUAG